GGAACUGACUUUCAAAAUGGGUUUCCUUUUCGAGCACAGUUUCAGGCGUCUUCACCCAUCUUCUAUAAAUGGUAAGUUUUCUUCUUCUUUCCUCGUAUCCUUCAAUGUCCUUCUUCUUGAUCUCUGGAUCUCUUCCUUAAUUUCCUUAGCAUCACGGUUCAUGAUUCUUGCCUCAAGCACGUAGGUUUAGCUUCACUUUCGAAUUUGAGCGGAACCCUAGGUUGUUUACUUAGUCUUUAGCUUCUUAGAUUCGGAUUCUAGCUGCAGCUCUCUUUCUUUUAUUUUUAUUAUUUUUUUGAAGUUUGAAGGUUAUGGGUUUACUUGAGUUAAUUCGAAUUAUGGUAGGAUUUUUUAUCCCGGGUUGUCUUAGCUGAUCGAUUUUUGCUUAUUUGAUCUGAAAUUUAGUUACUUUUGCUUUCAAGUUGUAUACUUGUUUUUAGGGUUUUUUGGGGAAGCAAUGUGAAGGAUUUUUGUUAUUAUCUGAACUGAUUGCUAAUUUUUUACUAUGCGAUUUAAAGUGUCCAAUUAAAAAUUAAAAUGGGAGAGGACCGGAGGAGGUUUCCAUUAUAACUGUAUAACAUACUAAACUUAGUUAGCCAUACGUUAGGCCAUCAGAUAUGUAGAAUGCAGAUGCACGUACCACCUCAUUAUAUGGUGGUGGCUAACAAUUGAAUUUAAGGUGACUGCAUCUGUAAUAAAAAAAGGGAGAAGAGUUACUACAACUAAAAAUAUUGUUCUUUGCUCUCUGCAUUCUGACAUAGAGCAAAAGCUGAGCUUAUGCUAAAAUGAUUUAUUUUUAUGUCUUAAAGAGCUAGAAUCUGCAAUAAAAACUUGAGUUUUUAUUUGUGUUAUGACCAAGGAUAUUUCAACUUCAUUAUCUAGAGAUGCUAUGUGAUACACUUGAGAAACUGCUAAUUUGAGAGUAAUAAGUAAUAACUUCCGCCACUGAUGCAAACCUCGCUCUAUUUCAUUAAUGAACUAGAUUUAUCAAGUCUGUUCAAUACUUCAGUAUCACCAAGCACGCUGAUAAGUUUUAAUCUAAACUAUUGGAUAUUCUUGUAUGUGAUUAUACUAUAUUUAGUUUGUGUUCUGAAAUCAUCCUGUUCUGGAACAUUUUAAAUUAAAAAGAAAUUGACUCAAACUUAAUUGCUUUGUUAAAUAUGUUUUACAAAUGUGGAAGGUGUGCUCCUCAGUUAAUAAAAGUUGGAGAUUCUUGAAAUGGGGUGAUGUUGAGAAAAUUGCUGCUACUGAGUCUAGUCAUCCUAAUUUAAAACUUCACUAGAUUGAUUUUCCUGUGUCCUCUCCUUUUAUAUUUUGUGUGGAUUGGUCCAGUAAAUAGAUAGAAUUGAUUCUUGAAGGAAGGCUUAGGUGCUAGUAAAGCAGUCUGCUGCUGUCAUUAAUGUUUGUGAAGCAAAAGGCGUGAUAUUCUAGAAGUGGGAUUUGUAGUAUAUUUUGUAUGGUAUGUUUUGAUUGAAGUUAGUGAAAUCAUCAUUUUUGUUGUGGCUGGGUAUACGUGUUUUCUUUCUUUCUUUUUUCUCAUUUGGUAAGGCAAUAUAAGGAUUAUGUCCACUUAAUUCAUGUUUGCCAAACUUUCUUGUCAUAGGUUAUUAGGUUAUGCAUGUCUUUUGGUUUUAUUUUCCAAUAAGCAAGCAGCAAUGUUCCCUAGGAGGAAGGUCAGUUAACAAAGAUGCUUCUCAAAUCCAUGUUUGGACUUUCCUUGGUCCCUAGCUCUAUGUUUCCUAGGAUUAGUAGAAAGGAAACUAGUUGAUCUUCAGCAUGUUGAAGAUUAGCCCUUGAGGAGCAGGUGACAAACAAAUUCUGCUUUACUUCAAAUAGAAUUUGGUUGAAAUGGAUGGUCCUGGACAACAUGAAAAUGGAAGGUAUAAGGUGGAUUACUACAAAGCAGCACAUCCUCCGUGGAAUAUGAUGCCACAACAUCAAGUGAAGGAACAAAGUAAUGCCUUGGUCAUGAACAAGAAAAUCAUGUCCAUAAUUAAUGAGAGAGAUGCUGCUAUCGUAGAACGGAAUAUAGCACUUGCUGAAAAGAAGGAAGCCUUGGCUGCACGAGAUGAGGCCCUCCAGCAGCGAGAUAGAGCACUUGCUGAGCGAGACAGUGCCUUAAUUGAGAGAGACAAAGCCUUAGUUGUGCUUCAAUACCAGGAAAAUAACUUCUCCAUGGGAAGUGGAAUGCGACAUGGGGCAAAGCGAAUGCACCACCCGACAUACCAUUCAACUGACAUGGCUGAAGCUUUGAACACUGGGGAAAUGAAUGUAACCAAUGCCCUACCCGUGACAGUCAUUUCUUCUAAGACAGUCAAGUCACCUCAGGUGAAGCGGACAAAGGAAAAUAAGGCAGUUUUGAAGGAACCAAAGUCUCUAUCGAAGGUAAGGAAAAUGGGUGGGGAAUUAAAUCAGCAUGCUGGUGGUGAUGUUAAGAAGUUUAGGUCUGAGUGGGAUAGUCAAGGUAUGGGGUUGAAACUGGUUAAUUUCAAUGAUUCCACCAUGCCAGUUCCAUUUUGCUCCUGCACAGGAGUUCCUCGACAAUGUUACAAAUGGGGAAAUGGUGGUUGGCAAUCUUCUUGUUGUACAACCACAUUGUCAUCAUACCCACUGCCGCAGAUGCCACACAAGCGCCAUGCCAGAGUGGGUGGCCGAAAGAUGAGCGGUAGUGUCUUUACGAAAUUGCUUAGCCGGCUGAGUUAUGAGGGCCAUGAUUUAUCAGUACCUGUUGAUCUCAAGAACUACUGGGCUAAACAUGGAACAAACCGCUACAUCACCAUCAAGUAGCUUGUGAUCAAACUUGAGGAUGGAAUGUGUUUCCUCGCUGGUUUUAAGCUUGGCCUCUAUGGCCCUGUUAGCAAUCAGUAACUCAACCACAGGUAAGCAUGGUGCUUCUUUCAAGGAAGGCGCUUCCCAUGCUCCUAUGCUAUACGGUAUUGUAAUUCUCUCAAAUUGUCAAAGUCCCUAUUUAGCUACUGAGUUUAUGCAUACUCCAAUUUACGCGGCCAUAAUAAAGCAGGUCAUUAAAAGUUUUAUCUAUUAAAGUUGAGUUAAUAUU